AUGGAAAACCGCUUUCAGACUCGAGGUCCGAUCUUAAUUAUCGCUUACUUUUUGCUCCAAACUUUGAUCCUCCUCUCUUCAGGCACCAUUGCGUGUUCGCUGCAAAUUCGAACUGAAAGUCUUAAAGCAAAUUUCAAAUUGCUACACAAAUCCAGAAAAACGCUAGUUCAUCCCAACCAAUUAGGGAGUGAUAGCAAUGUUCUUGAUCUUGGCCAACUUCCAAACUGCAAUGCUGAAGUCAUGCUGUCUUGUCUUGGUAUAGGCCAAAAAUUUAAGGUGAAGAGGCCAUAUCAGAAAUAG